UUUUUUGAACGCUUAAGAUAAUUAUUGAAGCCUUUGAAGCAUUUGUCUUCGUGAUAAAACCAAAAGUCGUGUCUAUAAUUGAGAUAAGUCGCAGAUUCUUGGCAAAGUCUGACCGGCCAACUGGAAAACCAAUUCACGUACAUCGCAUGAUAGAUAAAAUUAUUAUUCAUGUUCUCAACUGCGACGAGCUAACUUCUCUUCGCCAGCAAGUGUGAACUGCUGCUGGUUGAUCAUGGAGCCUCACGACCUCCCAGGAUUCGGGCAAGAAAUCAAAGAACUGGAAUUUCAUGGAUUCUUCGACUGGUUAGUCGGUUUCAAUGAUGUGGGCGUUAUGUGGAAAGCACAACCGACUUAUAUCAUAACGCAGGUGUUGCAUCUUGCUGGCGGCCUUAUCACUCUGCUCCAUGCAUUGAAAAGCGGUAGUCGAUAUGUACACUUGUGGAUGGCAAUUUUUAUUUAUGGAUUAACUAUUGAGAUGGUCAGCUACUAUCUUCCAGCCAUUGAUAACUUUUGGCACUCGCAAACACCUAUUAUUUUACUAGGACGACGUUUGCCAAUUCAUAUCCUCUCAGUGUAUAAUGUAUUCAUAUAUAAUGCAAGUAUUGCUGCCAAAAAACUGCAACUACCUGCAUGGAGCGAGCCCUUUGCUGUUGGGUUGUUAACAGUUCUUAUCGAUAUUCCUUACGAUAUAAUGGCUUUGCGGUUUCUCCACUGGACAUGGCACUCGACAGAUCCUAACAUAUAUGAUCGUCAUUACUAUGUUCCUUGGAACUCAUACUAUUUUCACGCAACAUUUGCUGCAAGCUUGACCAUUAUCUUUCAUGGCAGUCGGCGCCUCUUCGCCGACAGUGCCGAUAAAUGGACAUCGAGCAAGUCAUGUCUCAGGGAAACUAUAUGCACAGUCCUGACAGGACUAUUCACUACACCCGGCGGCAUACUGAUGUUUUUGCCCAUUUACCACCCACUCCAUGAUAUGCACGGUAUUCACUCCGAAGUUACGUUUUUCCUUCUCUUGACCAUUUUCCUGGCUAUCAUAUGGAGCGGAGACAGGAAUUCGAUAAAAAAACCAAUCAACCAAAAAUGCAUAGAUUAUAUUAUCCCAGCAUAUUUGGUGGUAUAUUAUUCACUGUUUCUCGGUAUGGCAGCUCUUGGUGAUCCAUCGAAGGAAGUAUCCAUUGGUCUCCAUGAACCCAUAGGGCCAUGUGACGAAAAAGUGGAAAUGAUUUCUUCAAUUGGCCAAACUCUUUACAAAACUAAAUAUCUUUGUGCAGAAAACAACAGAGAAGGCUACUUUGGAUGGCACUGUUUGCCAGGUGGAAAGCCACCGAAACACGGUGCUAAUUGGUACACAGCUUGUGGGACACCCUUGGAAAAUAGAGCUGAGUACAUUACUGUUAUCGUGACAAUAUGUAUCGCCGCGUUUACUGUCUUUCUCAAUAUAUUCUUCUUGAAUAACAAAAGCAGUAAGACAAUUGACUCUAAAAAAAUCAGCUCAAAAAUAUCACAGAAAGUCAAGAGAACCUAAUGUGCAGAUCUUAAAGACUGUGAAGAGAGAUUAAAGAAUUAAUGCCUGGGAUGCUAUUCUAAAUAUCAUCUAAAUAUUUUAUUGGAUGGAAAUUUUGUACUUUUGCAUGUUUGUUGGAUAACAAAUAAAGUGUCUUUUUUUGAAAAAA